GCGCGGGCGUCGCGGCGCGCCACGAUGCGCCCUCCUCGCGCCCUCCUCGCAGUUCGCGUCCUCCUCGCGCGCGUCCUCCUCCUCGCGCCUUGCGCCCUCCUCGUCGUCUCCGGCGUCGUCCGCGCGCAGGACGAAGAUCCGUUCGUGUGCUCGGAGCAGUACAUCGAGCUGUGCGAGGACAAGUGCACGCUCGACGGCGCGCGCGAGAAGAACCCCGCGUGCCUCGAGCACGAGUCGUGCUACCCGGACACGGGCGUGUGCUACGACCCGUGCGUGACGUAUCAGGUGGCGUCGCAGAAAGACGUGGACGUCUUCGACGCGACGUGCGCGAACCGCAUCGCGCGCGACGCCGCGGAGGCGCUGGUCGCGAGCUCGCACGCGUCCCCGCUGCGCGACCCGCCUACCGUCACCGCGGGGCCGUCCUCCGUGCCGUUCUCGAUGUUCCGAAACGGCCUCGCGCACACCGGCAGGAGCGAGUACGCGGGGCCGUCGAUGCCGAACGUGACGUGGACGUUUCACACGGGCGGGAGGGUGUACUCGUCCCCGACGCUCGCCAAGGAUGGCACCGUGUACGUGGGAUGCACGGAUGGAUUCGUGUACGGCGUGCAACGGAGCGGGGUGAUCAAGUGGCGGUACCCGGCGAACGGGCCGGUGGUGUCGACCGCGGCGAUCGGGAACCCGAUCGGGAGCGACACGACGCUGUUCUUGGGGGGAGCGGACGGGACGCUGCACGCGGUGAGCGCGAACUACGGGACGUCGAAGUGGUCGUACGUCCGCCCGCGUCUGCACUUGGGCGGCAAGUGGCAACUGCGCGCGCGGCGGCCCAUCGUCUCCUCGGCGGCGCUCGCGCCCGAGGGCAUCGUCUACAUCGGCGCGGACACCGCGCUGUACGCCGUCAACGCCGCGACCGGCAGCGGCGGGUUCAGCGGGACCGUGAAGUGGGCGUACGAGACGCGCGGGCGGAUCCUCGCGUCGCCCGCGCUGGACGGCCUCGGACGCAUCUACGUCGGCACGAUGGAGGGAUCGAUGUACUGCCUGAAUCAGACCAACGGCGAACAGAUUUGGCGGUUCGACGCGGAGGGCGGGCUGUACUCGUCCCCGUCGCUCGACGGCCACGGGCGGCUGUUCGUCGGCAGCGUGGACUCGUACGUGUACGCGCUCGAGUCCGUCACCGGCGGGUUGAUAUGGAAGUUUCGAACGUCCGCGGCGGUGUACUCCUCCCCGGCGAUGUCCCCGGGGGACGCCGACGCGACGGUGUUCGUCGGGAGCACGGAUUGGAAGUUGUACGCGAUUCGCGUGAAGGACGGAUUGCUCGCGUGGAACCAGACGUUGCGGUCGCCUUCUUCUUCUUCUUCUUCGUCUUCCUCGCCGCCGCCGCCGCCUCCGCCGCCUCCGUCGGGGUCUGGGUACGGCGACGGCGACGGCGACGGCGACGCGGCGACGACGCCGUACCUCGACGCUUCGCUCCGACGGAAAAACGAAGCCGCGGCGCUUCUCGAGAGCGAAGGCGUGUGCCCGCCCAACCUGGAGCAAGGCACGUCGGAGGAGCUCUCGUACCGGUUCGGAUGGAACGUCGUCCUCCCGUGCGGCAGGGACACCGGCGCGGUCGGCGUCGUCGCCUCCCCGGUGUGGUCGCCGAACGGGUUGAUCUACGUCGGGAGCUCGGACGCGACGUUUUACGCGUUGCUCGAGACCACGGGCGCGGUGGCGUGGACGCUGGAGACGGACGGCGCGAUCGGGUCCUCCGCGGCGAUCGACACGGACGGACAGCUGUACUUCGCCACGGACGCGGGGACGAUAUACCAGGUGGAUAAACCGUACGUCGCGCCCGCGGGGUGA